AUGAUCUUAAAGCCAGGCGAAGAAAUUAAAACAAAGUGCCACAAUGUUUCAGUGGGGAUAAAGCACAGAAGGCGAGAAAAGGCGCCAUCCUGCACGAAUUCCAACGAGAACACUCCCCGUGCAGUGGCAUAUGCUAACACCGGGUGCUUUGCAGGAAACUAUGCGGGCCCGUGCGGAGAACUUCCUGCAAGAGCCGAGUAUAUCAGCAGGCUCGCAGAGGGGGACAAGGAGAGCGAGUACGACAAGGUCUCUUCUGCGAUAGGGGAGCUUCUCUCCCUGGACAAGCGAAACUACUGGGUAAACUACAAGCAGUACAGAUACAUGCCCCUUCUGGACGACAUUGUCUUGGGGGUGGUGAAGGGGAAGGGAAAAGAGAGCUACAAAGUGGACAUUGGAGCGCCCUCCUAUGCAACAAUAAAUUGCCUGGACUUUCCCUCCGCAACAAAAAGAAACCGAGUUAAUUUAUCAGUGGGCGAUGUUAUCCUGGCGCAAGUCGUGGAUGACUCUGCACACGCGGAGUGCAUCAUUUCCUGCAGGACGGAGGCUGUCCGGGGAAUGGGCGUGCUGAAAGAGGGCGCUCUCCUGAAGGUGGGCAUUCUGCAGGCCAGAAAGUGUCUCCUCCAUCCGCCAAAUCUUGCUGUUUCUGGGUCCACGGUCUUCUCCAUGAACGGAUUCGCGUGGGUCUCUCCCCCGGGGCAGGGCAACAUCCGGGAAAUACUCGGGAAAGUGUAG